GCCGCCCUGCGCUCGGGGCUCAUCGCGCUCGCUGAAACACGGCACCGUCGUCAUGUCGACCGCCAUGAACUUCGGGGCCAAGAGCUUCCAGCCGCGGCCACCGGACAAGGGCAGCUUCCCUUUGGAUCACUUCGGUGAAUGUAAAAGCUUUAAAGAAAAAUUCAUGAAGUGUCUCCGUGACAAUCAUUUUGAAAAUGCUUUGUGCAGAAAUGAAUCAAAAGAAUAUUUAGAGUGCAGAAUGGAAAGGCAGCUAAUGGCACAGGAACCGCUGGAAAAACUGGGAUUUGGUGACUUGAUAGAUGGAAAAUCAGAGGCAAAAAAUAAAUCUUAAUGAGAAGAUGACCAUGGACCAUGUCCAAGGGACACCCUGAGGCGAGCACAAGGCCCUGCUGCCGUUGGUCCUCACCCACUGCGUGUUCCUCAGCAGCGGGCCUGCAGCGUGCACCUGAAGCCAGGCAGAGGCACCUCCCUUGUCUACUCAACUUGCGGGGGACUCACCUGUCUCCUGAAGCACCCCAAGUCACUUUCAAAAAUUUUUGUUCCUUUUAGGGCCUUACUUACCUUAUAAGAUGCUUUCAUCUUUAAAUCUGUGUGCAUCACAGGGUCCCAGGAGGCUCUUGUGAUGGUCCCAGUGAUGGCCCAUGCCACCUUCACACUGCGGUGUCUUGGUAGCGCUCCUCAUUGACGCACCAAGUGUGCAGAUUCCAGUCCCUGAUGGACACAUUCUGUCAGGAAAUAACCUCCCUAGCAAGGCGUUGCCCUUUUCUGUACUCACAGAUAGGCAUGCCAGUUCAUUUCCUUUCUUCCUUCUUUUCCAAUAAAACUAGAAUACAAAAUAGGAAGUGAGAAAUGAUUUGGCUUUUUGACACAUUUGGCUUCUUUACUUCUUUGUUUAUGCCUAGCACCAACUAUCUUCAUAAUCAAAGUUUCAUUUUCUAAUUUGUUUGAGUAUAUUAAAAAACUAUAUAUUUAAUGUCAAUAACUUAUUGUACUGCUGAAGGAUAAAACAUCAAUUCAUUUGUAGUUAGACUACAAAUAAAAUAUUUUAUUUCCUUUGUA